UCUUGAACGCAUUCUUUUCUGAACUGUAACAGCACGGCAGUAAACGAAGAAGCGAAAGGAUUACAAGAUUAAAGAAAUGAUGAUACAGUUUAUGAAGCGACUGCACUCUACCUGGAUCACCGUUUAACAACCGCAUUCAGCGAUUUAGAGAACUGGGGACGAGUGACCCCCCCGAGGCUCCCGAAACAAUGUCCGUCAGCGUUCACGAGAACAGGAAGUCCCGCACUAGCACGGGCUCCAUGAACAUCUCGCUGUUCCACAAGCCGUCGCACCCGGACAGCGUGCUCACCCACCUCAACACCCUGCGCAAGCAGCGCAUGUUCACGGACGUGACGCUGUGGGCGGGCGACCGCGCCUUCCCCUGCCACCGCGCUGUGCUUGCCGCCUGCAGCCGCUACUUCGAGGCCAUGUUCAGUGGCGGCCUGCGUGAGAGCGUGGACGACAAGGUCAACUUCCGCGACAGCGUGCACCCCGAGGUGCUGGAGCUGCUGCUGGACUUCGCCUACUCCUCCCGCCUCGUCAUCAAUGAGGAGAACGCCGAGUCGCUGCUGGAGGCCGGCGACAUGCUGCAGUUCCACGACAUCCGCGACGCAGCCGCCGAGUUCCUGGAGAAGAACCUGCACGCCUCCAACUGCCUGGGCAUGAUGCUGCUGUCGGACGCGCACCAGUGCAAGCGGCUCUACGAGCUGUCCUGGAGGAUGUGCCUGGUGCACUUUGAGACUGUGAGGGACACCGAGGACUUCUACAGCCUCUCCAAGGACAAGCUCCUGGACUUGAUCCUCAGCGACGAGCUGGAGAUCGAGGACGAGGAGAUGGUCUUCGCAGCGGUCAUGCGCUGGGUGCGGUACGACCUGGAGGCGCGGCGGCAGCACCUUCCCGAGCUGCUGCGCGGGAUCCGCCUGGCCCUGCUGCCCUCCGGCUGCCUGCUGGAGGCCGUGGCCUGCGAGGAGCUGGUGAUGUCGGACAGGCGCAGCAUGCAGAUCGUGGAGGAGGCGGUGCAGUGCAAGAAGAAGAUCCUGCAGAACGACGGGGUCGUCACCAGCCCCUGCGCCCGGCCCCGCAAGGCCGGCCACACCCUCCUCAUCCUCGGGGGCCAGACCUUCAUGUGCGACAAGAUAUACCAGGUGGACCACAAGGCCAAGGAGAUCAUCCCCAAGUCGGACUUGCCCAGCCCAAGGAAGGAGUUCAGUGCCUGCGCCAUCGGCUGCAAGGUGUACGUGACAGGGGGGAGGGGGUCAGAGAACGGGGUGUCCAAGGACGUCUGGAUUUACGACACGGUCCACGAGGAGUGGUCAAAAGGGGCCCCGAUGCUGAUCGCGCGUUUUGGCCAUGGCUCGGCGGAGCUGGAGAACUCACUGUACGUGGUGGGGGGCCACACGGCCAUAGCCGGCGUCUUCCCAGCGUCCCCCUCGGUGUCGCUCAAGCAGGUGGAGCGCUACGACCCGCUGACCAACAAAUGGACCAUGAUGGCACCCCUGAGGGACGGUGUGAGCAAUGCAGCAGUCGUCAGCGCCAAGCUCAAGCUCUUUGUCUUUGGCGGCACCACCAUCCACCGGGACAAGGCCUCCAAGGUGCAGUGCUACGACCCGGCAGAGAACCGCUGGACCAUCGCAGCGGAGUGCCCGCAGCCCUGGCGGUACACGGCUGCCGCCGUGCUGGGCAGCCAGAUCUUCAUCAUGGGCGGAGACACCGAGUUCACCGCCGCCUCCGCCUACCGCUACGACUGCGAGACCAACUUGUGGACGCGCGUCGGCGACAUGACCUCCAAGCGCAUGAGCUGCCACGCGGUGGCAUCCGGGAACAAGCUGUACGUGGUGGGAGGUUACUUUGGGACUCAGAGGUGCAAGACGCUGGACUGCUACGACCCUACCUCAGACACCUGGAACAGCAUCACCACAGUGCCUUACUCCCUCAUUCCCACUGCCUUCGUUAGCACAUGGAAACACCUGCCAGCUUAACAAACACUAAUCUCCUGGCAAACAAGGGGUGGAUAAUUCUGGAUAUCACAUUGCCCCUCCCCUUGGUGAUUUGCAGGGAUGAGUUUCCCCCUCUACACUGGUGUCAGGGCCCGGCUCACCUGUGCCCCCUA